AUGCAGGGCGCGCUGCUCCUGGCGCUGCAGCACGAGGGCGGGCGGAUGGAGCCGGCGGAGAAGGGCGGGAUGAAAAGGACGAUCAUUAAAGAUUGGAAAACGAGACUGAGCUAUUUCCUGCAGAACUCUUCCAAUUCUACUAAAAUGAAGUCUAAGAAAGUGGGAAAACACCGCACCUACUUCAGACCUUCCCCUGAAGAAGCCCAGCUGUGGUCAGAAGCCUUUGAUGAACUUCUUGCUAAUAAAUAUGGUCUUGCUGCUUUCCGAGCUUUUCUGAAAUCUGAGUUCUGUGAAGAGAACAUCGAGUUCUGGUUGGCCUGUGAGGACUUCAAGAAAACCAAGUCACCCCAGAAGCUGACAUCAAAAGCAAGAAAAAUAUACAAUGACUUCAUUGAAAAGGAAGCUCCCAAAGAGAUAAACAUAGACUUCCAAACCAAGAACAUGAUUGCUCAGAACAUUCAAGAAGCCACACACACCUGCUUCAGUGCAGCACAGAAGAGAGUUUACAGCUUAAUGGAGAAUAACUCAUACCCACGAUUUUUGGAGUCAGAAUUCUAUCAGGAGCUGUGCAAGAAGACACCCAUCACCAGAGCUGCCCAGGGAACAUGAGCAAUGGAGAAGAGCGAGAAGAAGCCUCCCAACGAGUGAGGAAGCCAGCCAGCUCCUGGCAGCAUCCUUACCUGAAUGGGCUGAGAUACCGAGUGCUCAGUCUGUUUGCUGUGCAAGGACACACACUGACUUUGGUGCAAAGCUGAUGGCAAAGAGCAAUGCUGGUGCUGUUGGAGGGCAGUCAGAGGUGGUGGCAGGGCCAUGCCAGCUGACUGCUGGCCACUGCUGCUCUGCAGGACUGCAGUGAGAGGGACUCCAUGAGUUAGGUGAAACCGUGCGGUGUGAGUCCUUCUGUCACGCUGAGGUGGCGAUGCAGCAGGGCAGAACAGAGCUUCCUUCUUGUAAACAGAAGCUGCUCUGUGCGGUUGCACUGUGCUGGCAACUGAAGUAAUUGCUCACGUAUUUAUUUUUCCUAAACAUCAACCAGUGUUGCCAUUGUCAGCCACUCGGUGUUCCCACUGGUUCUGUAAACUGCCUCCAGCUGCAAAGAGAUGUGUUGGGUUUCUGUGCAACAGCUUCCAAACAGUAACACCACUGUGCAGCCUGAAGUGAGGCAGGGAUAUAACUCUGUUCCCAGAGGAACAGGUUCUGCAACUAAAGUAUGCAGGACUGGGUUGUGUCAGUGGGACUGCAUGAGGCCAGACUGAGCUGAAGGCAAAACUUGGCCAAGAUGAACAGGAGCUGUAUAGUAUUAUAUUUAUAUCUGGAUUAUGAUUGUGUUGAAUGCUGCAAUAACAUCAUAAUUCUGUCUUGAGGACAGCAAGCUUCAGUGAAGUAUAUUAUUGUUUUUAAUAAACUAUUUUGAUAUAAA